AUGGAUCAUCUUGCACCACCGGUUAUUUCUAAAGAAAGCUUACUGAACACACUGCUAACGAGCCCGAUCGUGUGUGCUGUACAGCUUUAUGCUUGUACACAACACUGCCAUUUAGGCGAGGGCCAUACAAACAGCGGUUUCGAUGUCCGCGGAAGAAGUUUCAACAAAGCCCUUCAUUGGUCAGACCCUUUGGCCUUUGGAAGACGGGCUUAUUUCGUCACUAUAUCCAGACCCUCGGCACUUACCGUGGACACUGUUCAACUUGAUGAUGAAGGGGUCUACAGGUGCAGGGUCGAUUUCAAGAAUUCGCCGACCAGGAAUUUUCAGAUCAGGCUGAAUGUUGUUGUACCUCCACAUCAACUGCUGCUUUAUGACGAGGCAGGCCGCGAUGUCGCCGGCGUCGUGGGCCCUCUCGAGGAGGGAGGCAAUUUCACUCUUCUCUGUGAGCUUAGAGGAGGACGUCCUCAACCAACUUUAAAUUGGCUGAUCAACAACAAGCAGAUAGAAGACCACACGAUCCUCAAGAACGAUGGUAAGGUCAUCGUGAGCAGGAUCAGCAUAGGAGGAGCUGAAAGGAGCUGGUUGAACACUAGCAUACGGUGCCAGGCUACCAACACGGCCUUGCUCAGUCCUCAUGAAAGAACUGCAAGAGUUGAAAUGCAUUUGCGUCCUACAUCAGUGCUGAUCACCAACAAGCCAGGUCAAAUGUCAGCUGACUCCGAAAUCACGUUGGUUUGCAUAACUCAUGGUAGCAGACCAGCAGCUCAAGUUACCUGGUUUAGGGAAAACAGAAGAUAUACCAGGGGAAAGCACAGCGAAUUCACAAAUGAGACGACAACAAUCAGCCGUCUCACAAUGCUGCCGGAGCCAGAUGACGAUGGUGCGGUCAUCAGGUGCCGCGCUGACAACCCUGUACUCCGAGUGGCGCUGGAAGAUUCCUUCCGAAUGAGCGUUGUUUAUAAACCGGUCUUGACCAUGUCGCUGGGCAGCACGCUGAACCCCAAUGACAUCAAGGAAGGCGAUGACGUAUACUUCGAGUGCAACAUUAAAGCAAACCCAAGGGAACAUCGGAUCUCCUGGUACCAUAACGACCAUCCAGUUAAUCAAAAUAUGUCAUCGGGAGUAUUUAUAAGCACCAAGUCUCUUGUCCUGCAAGGAGUGAAGAAGAGAGACGGUGGUCUUUACACGUGCAGAGCGGCAAAUCAAAUGGGAGAAUCCAGCAGCCAAACAGUGUAUCUAAGAGUCCAAUACGCCCCGAUCUGCGCGCAGCCCUCGCCCGUCCUUAUCGGUGCGCGGUUGGACGAACCGCUGCGCGUACGCUGCACUGUAAAUGCCGAUCCUGCUGAUGUCACAUUCUACUGGCAGUUCAACAAUAGCGGCGAAAGUUUUCAAGUGUCUCCUGCGAGAUACGUUUCCACUGGAGGCACAUCAAGUGAACUUCGAUACCGCGCAGCGAGCGAACGUGAUUACGGUGCGCUGUUAUGCCGCGCAUCCAACACGGUUGGCCGACAAAAGCGACCGUGUGUGUUCCAGAUAGUUCCUGCAGCCCGUCCUUCACCGCCACGGAACUGCACAGCCAAACGUGUCCAGACAAGUGUGGAACCGUACCUAUCCGUCAAAUGCAUGGCUGGGUACGAUGGAGGUUUGACCCAACACUUCACCCUGGAUGUACUCGGGGAAAAUAGCAGAGUUCUGGCAAAUGUAACGGCUAGUUAUAUUGAUCUGGUGAUAUGGUUCAACGUGUCCUGGACGAUGCUGGAUUCACUCGAAGAGGAUGAAGAACUGACAGUAACAGCGCGUAAUAGCAAAGGGUCAUCCGAUCCUGUUAUUUUAAGUGACCUGGUGUUUAGAGACACAGAAAAGAGAGCAGAGAGCACAACGCGAGCUGAGACCAAGUUCCCGGCUGCAGCUGCGUUGGCAGGACUUGCUGCCAUUCUAACAGCAGCAGGCGCUAUGAUUGUUCUGGCAAUGCGGAGGCGCAGUGAAACUACUUCGAGCAGCAAGCGGCCCUCACAAAGUGUGGUGCAAGUCGACGCCCAAGGCAGACGGUUCCUUAUAGCAUAUCCAGCUCCUGUUGAUAAACUGGAGACGAAGCCAGAUAUACUGAACCCUAAGUCAGAUAACGAGCCUCCGCGAGUGGUUCUGGAGUCCACCGACAGCAAGAAUUACAGCAUCAGAGAUGCGAACUGCGAACCACACAAAUCAGCUUACAGCCCGCCAUCUACAGCAGAAAAUAUGACGGGAAGAAGGCCACCUCGGGCAAAGAAAAUGGAUAGGAUAAAAGAGAUAGAGUAUUGA